AUGGUGGCCUUCAAUACCACACUUCCGGUUCACCUCCAUGACAUGCUUGGCUGGGGGAGGGUGCCCACAGGGAUGAUGUUUCUGUAUUUGCAGCUACCUCUGAUCCUUCUUGGCGGUCUGAUGCAUACAGUACGCGAUCGUAUCGGGCUGAAAAUCCCGACGGCGGCGGUCUGGGUUCUCUGCGCACCGCUGCUUUGGUUGCUGGGCACCUAUGCGAUUCCCACCAUUUCUCGGGUUCUUCGAAGGAAAUCCGAUUUUUCUUCACAGACAACCUGGUAUAAGCGAUAUUCGGACACGGUGGCUUUGAUGGUCGAAGCGCUAGCAAAUUCACCAGCGUCCCGACGUGGUCACGAAGCGAUUGCUCGAAUGAAAUACCUACAUCAUGCAUAUCGGAAAUCGGGUAGUAUCAUUGAGGAUGACAUGCUUUACACACUCGGGUUGCUCACGAUCGAGCCCGCAAAAUGGAUCGAUCGAUAUGAGUGGGAUCAGACUAGUCAGAUGGAAAAGUGUGCAAUGGGUACCUUCUGGAAAAGCUUUGGCGACGCUAUGGAAGUCAGCUACGAAUCUUUGCCAUCAGGUAAGGAAGGGUUCAAGGAUGGCUUGCAAUUUUUCGAGGAGAUUGGGAGAUGGUGCCGUGACUACGAGAUGCAAGCGAUGCGUCAUUCGUCUGGCAUCAGUGAUUUACAAGAUCAGCUGAUACGGAAUGUUGCCCUGGGUGGUGUACCCAAGAUAUUCCACAACCUGGCUAGAAACAUGAUACUUGUUUUGAUGGACGACCAGCUGCGACUAUCAAUGGGAUACCGUCAGCCCGCUCAGUGGGUUUACACUCUAACCCACACUGUAUUGCUUGUUCGGAAGUACAUCCUCCGACACCUUGUCCUGCCACGCCCGUUGAUCUUUCGACAGUUACGAGUAAACCCAGAUCCAGAAGAACGGUCUCCACACCCAGUACACAUUUGGGAAGCCCAUCCCUAUUACGUGGCCCCGACGCUUUGGAAUCGUUGGGGGCUAUAUGCCUGGAUUGCAUGGUUCCAGGGACGGCCUCUUCCGGGCGAUGAUGGUGAUUGGUUCAUGCCGCGUGGAUUCGAUACGCGCGAUAUAGGGCCGUCCUAUAUGAAAGGAAGAGGCAGAAAUUAUGCGAGGGAGGAAAAGGCAAAAUUUGGAAAGGGGCGCAGGGGGCAGUGUCCGUUUUGA